AUCUGCCCUCUCUGCCCGUAUGACCUGUGCCUCCUGGCCGUUGAAAAACCACUUUUUAUCCUGUAGAAGAGGAAAAGGAAAAGAUGGGCCAUUGGGAGCGUCUCCCUGAAAAGAGCAACCCCAGCCCAGCCCUGCCUCGUCGCCGCUCCGGGAGGAAUUCUGCCGCGGAAGGGUUCUGGCAUCGGUGAUGAGCGAUGGGGUAUGAUGUAGCACGUUUUCAGGGGGAUGUUGAUGAAGACCUUAUAUGCCCCAUCUGCAGCGGGGUCCUGGAGGAGCCAGUUCAGGCUCCCCACUGCGAGCACGCCUUCUGCAAUGCCUGCAUCACCCAGUGGUUCUCCCAGCAGCAGACGUGCCCCGUGGACCGCAGCGUGGUGACGGUCGCCCACCUCCGCCCCGUCCCGCGGAUCAUGCGGAACAUGCUCUCCAAGCUCCAGAUCACCUGCGACAACGCUGUCUUCGGCUGCACGGCCGUCGUGCGACUCGACAACCUCAUGUCUCACCUCAACGACUGCGAGCACAAUCCCAAGCGCCCCGUGACUUGCGAGCAGGGCUGCGGCUUGGAAAUGCCCAAAGACGAGCUGCCAAACCACAACUGCAUCAAGCACUUGCGGUCGGUGGUGCAGCAGCAGCAGACGAGGAUCGCUGAGCUGGAGAAGACCUCGGCGGAGCACAAGCACCAGUUGGCCGAGCAGAAACGGGACAUCCAGCUGCUGAAGGCCUACAUGCGCGCCAUCCGCAGCGUCAACCCCAACCUGCAGAACCUGGAGGAGACCAUCGAGUACAACGAGAUCCUGGAGUGGGUGAACUCCCUGCAGCCGGCGCGGGUGACGCGGUGGGGCGGGAUGAUCUCCACGCCGGACGCGGUGCUUCAGGCCGUCAUCAAACGCUCCUUGGUGGAGAGCGGUUGUCCCACCUCCAUCAUCAACGAGCUGAUCGAGAACGCCCACGAGAGGAACUGGCCCCAGGGUUUGGCCACCUUGGAGACGCGGCAGAUGAACCGCCGGUACUACGAGAACUAUGUGGCCAAACGCAUCCCCGGGAAGCAGGCCGUGGUGGUCAUGGCCUGUGAGAACCAGCACAUGGGGGAGGACAUGGUGCUGGAGCCAGGACUGGUCAUGAUCUUCGCACACGGAGUGGAGGAAAUCUAAAGGACAUGGGGGUU